AGCUCUCGAUCUCGGUACGUGUGUCGAGAAAAGGCGGCACUAACCGAGGUAAGGUCUGAGGAAUAAACUUUUCGACUCGACGACUCGAGGGCGAGGCAACACGGAUCACUGACGAUACUAUUUUGAAUUUCGGAUAAUGAUUAUGGAAUACCCUUAUGAAGCCAGUGAUGAAGCAAGUGAGUCAGAACUCCUGGACAAGAGUCUAUCCAUGUGGAAAGGAUGGAGUGCUCUGGACAGUGAGAGUGCAUUUGAACCCAUCCCCUUAGACUUGCACACAGCCGCUUCAAUUGGGCAGUAUGACUGUGUGCACGCUUACAUUGCAAGUGAUGUGGAUAUCAACAAAAAGAACAAGGGUAGCUGGACCGCCCUCAUGUACGCCUGCUACAUCGGUCACGACACCAUUGUCAAUCUCCUCCUGGAUGCCAAGGCAAAGGUCGAUUUGAGGUCAAACAAGGGGUCAACGGCCCUAAUGAUGGCAGCUAGCUGUGGAAACGAAAGCGUCGCCUACUUCUUGCUUCAGGAAGGGGCGGAGCUUGAAAUCGUUGAUCACCGAGGCUGGACCGCUCUAUUUUACGCCACCUACAAUGGCCAUCAGAGUAUGGUUCAGUUUCUGCUUGAAAAUGGCGCACAGCCCAAUGCUAGGGAACCUUCCUUAGGGAUCACACCCCUGAUGAUGGCCGCUGCUGAGGGCCAUGAAAUUAUUGUCAAUUUUUUACUUGGAACAAAAGGUGUUGAUAUUGAUUUGAAGAAUCAAAGGGGUGAUACAGCACGAUCUCUUGCCCUCUUGAACGGCCAUAUGAAGAUUGUGAGCUUGAUUGAUAACAGGAGUAUGUCGCCCUCUAGUGUUCGAUCAGCUCCAGGGCUUGGGGAUGAUUUGGAUCUGAGUUCAUCCGAUGAGAACUUCCAGAUGCCAUCUUCCAGACCUUCUUUUCAACAACAACAUCACCAUCAUCAUCACCACCAUUUGAAAGGUCGAGGUUCAAAGGCUAAAGGUCCCAGCAUUCUUGAUGGACCAGAAGCAUUUGCAAAGAUGUUGGGAGAGAAGAAAGCCAAACCACCGGAUCUUCACAGCAAAGACCAUUGUGAGUUUAAUCGGUUACAAUCUGGCGUAGAGCAUUUGAUCUUGUAAAUGAUAGAGAGCUGGUAAUUAACUCUUACUAUGCCAUGCCCAAUACCCCUAUAGUGCCAGGGAUAUUCGAGGGAAUCCUAAAUUGACCGAAACGUAAGCAGAGACCGAUUUUAAAACGGUCAUAUCUCUUUACCCGUACGUUGUAUAAUGAAACCUUCUACAUAUGAAAUGAUGCAUGGUUCAUGAACUUUAUGAUCAUGUUAUGACCUUUCAUAUUUGCAAUCGGAAAAAUUGAGAAAAGAUGAAAUAUUUUACAUAGUUUUUUUUCAAUAAGUAAAACCUAGAAAAUUAUGGUUUCAUGAACAUUUCAAAGAGUAAAUAACCUGAGUAAUUGUAGAGAUACCAAAAAAUUAAGAGGAUAAAAUGAAAGUUCAAUGUUUACCCUUUCAAAUGACGUAUCUACUGAUGAAAUUGAACAAACAGAAAUAUGAAAAAUAAUGCUCUUUUUAAUGAAAUACUAUUUUGCUAUUCAAGUUAUUUCCUCUGAAAUGUGAGAGGGUUUAUACACACGAAAUUGAAACCGACCUUUCCAAAAAAGGGCAUUGUCGUCGAUCAAGUGACCAAUCACAACACAGCUGCGAUCCCCACGCAAACACACACAAUAAUAUAUUAGAGCCAUGUAUCUUCACAGUGCAGCCAACCGUACCCUUACAUUCGUGUAGUCUUCAAAACAAGACCCUGUAAUUUUUCAGAAUGCGCGGUAUUCCGAAGCAACCGAUAUGGGGGAAACAAAAUUAUUAGCGCAGUGUAAAUUUUAUGUCAUUUCAAUUCUUGUCAAUAUUGUCGUAAUGCAAAACAUGUUUGUAGAAAAAUCGUAACCUGGAUACGAUUUGUGGUGUGCGAUGCACUCAACUAUAUACUGUUUUGGAUAAUGUAGGCGAUUUCUAUCCAGUGUCGGCAACAGACAUUUGCGACCCACUCAACUAUCGAUCAAAAGCAUGAAUCAGUGUAAAGUUUGGCCAUAUUUUGUCAGGGUCGAUUCGUCGUACAUACUAUACGGGCUUUCGUACUGUAACAAAGUUAUUGCCAGUCAGAAGGAGACAAAAUAUAGAAAACUAAAGAUGAUAUAUUGAAAUACAGAUAAAGAGGGAUCGGACAGAUUCAAUACUAACGGGUUUGGGGUGUAAAAUGCCACAAAAUAAUAUGGGCGUUUUUGGCAAAGUACACAGAACUAAUAAAAAAUGUUUAAAUUUUUCGUGAAUCAAGAAGAGGAAAUACAGAUCAGUUACAAACUAAAAAUAAAUUCAAUACAAAUUUUCAAAAAGAAAUUUUAGUUCUAUUUGUUCUGUAUUUGUUGUCUGACCCCCCCUCGCCUUACAAAAAAGUGAGGUCAGGUGGAAAUGUUUAUGUUGAUUUUUAGCCCUUUUUGUGGUGACCAAGGUUGAAUACAAAAUUAAAUGUAUUUAUUACAAAACAUAAUUCUAGCAUAAUAUUCAUACGUUAUCAUUAUUACGUAAAUAACUGAUCUCACAUCUCUCUCUCUCUCUUUCCAUCUAUCUAUCUAUCCAUCUCUCGUAAUCUCUGAUCUCUCUCUCCUUUCUUUUUCAUGCCGUGUUUUUUUUUUCACUUUUAUUUUACUUUUAUAUCUUUGCAUAGAUUCUGUGCUUAAAUGAUAAACGACAAUUUACAGUGAGCUAAUGAAUUAUAAUGAGAGUAACAAAACUACUACUACUACUACUACUACUACUACUACUACUACUACUACUACUACUACACUACAACUACUUUUUACAGCAGUACAAAAACUGGGUGUCCUGGUCGGACAAAUGAAUCGCUUAAAAUAUUAUGAACGUUGAUAUUUGUGAACACUCAUUUUUAAACUGUCAAAAAAUGUUAAGGUUGAUCCGUUUUGAAGUAAGAGACCCCCCCCCCCCCCCGGCUUCCAGGGUAACCAAAAUUAAGAUAAAUAUAAUGAAUAAUUACGCAAUUAGAAUUUUGUGAUUACAGUCAUUAUAAGACUGGUAUUCUGACAAUUUACAGACUGUAAUCUGUGCCAACUAUGCAUCUCGUACAUGCCAAGGAAUGGACAAUACAUGCCGGAUAUUCUUUUUCGUGUGGAUAAUAUAUAUGAAAAUAUAAUGGCAAUUUUAGACAAGAAAAGGGCCCCAUUGCAUAUUAUGUCUUUGAAUAAUUGAUUAUUUUCAAACUUUAGGCUUCAUUCCGCAAGCGAGCAAAGUAGCCACCUGUCUGAUAGCGACUGCAUUUUUAUUGUUCAUGCCACCAAGUCAUGAACAAUAGAUGCCCAGACUCCCUUUCACGAGGAAUGUCUAAUCCGCACUCCCUCCUGACCUAUUAUCGAGGAGAGCAAUUUAGCACAGGAUGUUCAUAGAAAUCGGGCCACGCGCGCGUCUUUUGAUUUGACAAUUGAAUACUUUCAAAGGUUCCGAUACGCACAAUAGCUUUUCUCUCCGUUGAGAUCAAGAUUAAGAUUCCUCCGUCUCUAUCCCCAACACCUUCCAUUGACUUAUUGCCAUUAAAGUACAUAAUUUUUAUUCAAAUAUUUGUUUCGACUUUAUACGUCAAAUUUCAUGUAACCUAAAUGAUGAUGAUGAUAAUGAUGAUGAAAGGGAUGAUGGUAAAGAUGGCAUGGAUAAUGUCGAGAAUGAGAACAAGAAAUCACGGGGAAACAGCACACCUUGUAGCUGAAGCCUAUUUUGCAUAUUUAGAAAUAAAGGAUAAAGAUAAGAUUUAAGAUUGAAGAAAUGUAUAGGCUAUAUAAUCCUUGACAAAUAAAAAAUACAGGAAAUUGAAAGAUAAAAGAUGGAACAUAAAUAACGAAGCAAUGGGGUGUGAAGGUAUAAAUUACUAACAAUUUGGAGAAAUUUAGAUCUUUAUAAUUUGUUGAACCUUACGAAUCUUUAUUCAAAUAAUAUGUUUGUAAUGGAUCAUCUAUCAGAAAAGUAAGAUAUUGCUUUCGAUAAUAUCAGAAAUUAUAUUUUCUACACCUCUUUAUUUGUGAUAUUUAUAAUUACCCCGUCAUUAAAAAUAUCAAUCUAGUAAGGAUUAAUUUUACUUCCCCUUCCCUGAAAUAAAAAAUUAAAUGGACAUUAUUUGCUGUUCAAAUGAUAUAUAAGUGACACCACUAAAUUUCUUUAUACCGUGCAUUGUCAAUAUUCAUGCAGUAGGACUUAUGCACAAUCAACAUACUCGAUAUGUUAGUACAAUUUACAUUUCCAAUUAUUAAAUUUGCUUGAUAUAUUAUUUUUUUUCCAUUUAGUAGUAAUCCAGUUUAUGCUUCCCGAUUUGCCAUAUGAGCUCAGCGUGUAGGGGAAUAUACCCAUUAUAUUUUUGCUGGCAAAAAGGGAGAAACAAAAUAAAGCGGAACAUCGGAAGAAAUUAUGCAUUGAUUGAUACAAAUUAUUUCUCGCUAAUAAAACAAAUGAGGAAGAAUAAAAAAAAACGCAUUACGCAAAAUGCAUGACAUUCACAGAAUUUUGUAAAUAAAAGAUUAUGAAAAGUGCGUUUACUCGCUUGAUUCGCUCACUCACACUUUUCUUUUUUUAAUCUUCCUUACACCCAUCAUAUUUUUAUUUCACCCUUGUCACAUUGACAACAAAUAUUUUGUUGAUGCUCAAAAUAAUAUUUAGGUUUCUUACCGUAACCGAUGCAAAUUUGAUGCUUAUUUUUUCCACCAAAAUUGGUACGUAAUUUGGUGUUGUUAUCAAAUUUUCCUGAUCCAUUUUUUUUUCAUUUAGUAGUAUAUGAUAUCAGAUUUGACAUAUGAACUCAGCGUGUAGGGGAAUUUACCCAUCAUCGUUUUGCUGGCAAAAAGGGAGAAACAAAAGAAAGCGGAUCAUCGGAAGAAAUGAUACAUUGAUUAAUAUAAAUUAUAUCCCGCUAAUAAAACAAAUGAGGAAGAACGGGGGAAAAACGCAUUGCGGAAAAUGCAUGACAAUCACAGAAUGUUGUAAAUAAAAGAUAAUGAAAAGUGCGUUUACUCGCUUGAUUCGCUCACUCCCAUUUUCUCUUUUUUUUCUUCCUUACACACAUCAUACUUUUUAUUUCGCCCUUGCCACAUUGACAAUAUACAUUUUGCUAAUGAUCAAAAUAAUAUUUAGGUUUCUUUCCGUAAAUUUGAUGUUUUUUUCACCGAACUUGGUACGUAAUUUGGUGUUGUUAGAUUUAGAAAACCGGCUUACAACCCUGUAUGUGACGAAAAGGAGCAAAGGAGGAACAUGAAUAAUAAUUUUUUGUCGUAGAAGCUUUCACACUUCAUCAUGAGAAUACUUUAUAUAUAUUAUGUGACUCCCAUGUUGAUACAAACUGUCAAAUGUGCAUGCUUCAUUUUUGUAGGCACUAGCGCCUCUCCAUCACACUCUUUCCCCUUCUGCAGUUCUGAACCUGACAGUUAAAAACAAAACGCAUACUUUCUUUCUUGAGUAUUAUACUUCUUCCAGCAAUAAAACAAAGGUCAUUAUUGAAAUAAAAUAAAAAUAUUGCUUCCGUUUGCACUGGCAUAGUUGACAAACAUACUUUUCUUAGGUGACAUCAGAUCAUGUCGACCAGUUGCAUAAAUCCGGUUCGACCAAGGUGUAGAAAUGGGUGUUUAUAUUUUGUAGGUGUACACAAAAUUCCUAUCGCAAAGGUUAUAUUCGCGGCAUCACGUGAGUAUGGUUAUAAUGAGCCAUUUAUGAAUUCCAUAAUUCCAACGUAUAUGUGCUGAAGGCGGGAGGUCCUAUUCUCAAAAAUUAAGUAUGCCACAAUUUAAUCUAUCAAAACGGUCAUC